AUGAAGAGCAUGUUCUUUAUAUUUAGAUUAAUGUUAAUAAUUUUAUUAAAUCAAGUGUAUGCGCGUAAUAUACCGAAAGAUACUGAGGUAAUAUUGCUGCCAGUAUGGAACUCGAAAGGCGCAUCAGAGAUUCCCUUAACUUUCAAGGUCUUUGGGCAAUUGAUCCAGUUGAAUCUACGUAGAAACGACAACAUCGUAUCGCCUCAGUUUCAAGUCUGGAAACACAAUGCAAAGAGCAUCACAGAAGAAUUGUCGCAGUUAAAUGCUCCGGAUCCUUGUUAUUAUCUUCACAAGAAUCAUGAGGGAUCCGCAGCCAUAAGUUUUUGUCAGGAACAUGGAUUGCACGGACUCAUCUUUCUGGAAAACGUUACAUUGGAGAUCACACCUUUGCGAAAGGGCCUCGCAUCUUCACCGUUACUCAUCGAUGACCAUUAUGUUAAAGAAGAAGCUGAUCUUCUGUUGGGUGACCCUCACGUGGUUAAGCGAUCACCGUCGAGAUCACCGCUCAUCAAUCCAGAUCUUGAAACGAAACGACGCCUAAUACGAGAUACAAAAGAAAAUUUGACAUUAGAACUGGCAGUCUUCUUCGAUGAGGCUGCGUAUCGUUUAUUUUCGCCUUUCCUUGAUGGAGACGAUGAGAAGAUUCGUGACAUGUUGCUAGCGUACGUCAAUGGUAUUCAGGCACUGUAUCAUCAUCCGAGUCUCGGUGUUCCAAUCGACAUCUCGUUGAUACGCUUAGACAUUAUUCAGAGACAGCCAGUUGAUCUACCGCAUUUUGGCGGCGAGAGAGGUAGCUUGUUGGAUUCGUUUUGCUAUUACGCGAACGCUCGCAAUCCUCCAGAAGACACUCAUUUCCAUCACUGGGACAUGGGCCUCUAUGUAACUGGACUGGAUCUUUACGCGAUCGAAAACGGAAGGAGGAACGGUGCCACCAUGGGAUUAGCCGCCGUCGGCGGUCUAUGCAUCCCACGUUAUUCCUGUGUGAUAGCAGAAUUGGGAGUUACGGACCAACUUGGAAAGCCGUAUCCGUCCGCGGGCUUUACCUCGGUUUAUAUCGCCGCUCAUGAAAUUGGUCACAAUCGGAUGAUCUUUUUGUUUGAAAGUUUAGGAAUGCCACACGAUUCAAGUGGCAAUGCGUGUCCAAAGGACGGAUACAUAAUGUCACCCAGUAGAGGCGUUCGAGGUGAGACGGUUUGGUCCGAUUGUAGUCGUGAGGUGGCCGAGAUGCUUUCGCAAACGAAACGGUGUCUCUUGGAUCAGCCGGAACCACGAAACUUCUCGGAUGCGUACAAUCAUUUGCGAUAUCGCGAUUUACCUGGAAGAGAAUGGACCGCCAAGAGGCAAUGCGAAUUACUUUUACGUGACAAAGACGCGGACGUUGUUACAUUGUAUCAGGCUUGUCAGUCUUUGCAAUGUGAAACGCCUCACAGGAGUGGAUAUUAUUUCGCAGGACCAGCGUUGGACGGGACUCGAUGCGCGCUCGGUAGAGAAUGUCGCGGUGGAGAAUGUCUACCCGUUCCCGCACCUGUCCCGGAAUCGUCCGAUAGCCAGAAAGGUAGCUGGAGCGAAUGGAAGGAAGGUUCCUGUAAUAGCGGUUGUUUACAGAGAUCCAAAGGCGCUCGAGUUAGACGGCGAUUCUGCGAGAAUCGACACCGCCUGAGAACGGCGGGGGAUUGCAAAGGGCUGUAUUACGACGUCCUGCUGUGCAAGGAUGAGAGACUUUGCAAAAAGAAACGCAGGACUGUCGACGAGUUUGCCACCCUGAAAUGUAGCCUUUUCGGCGAAAGACUACCCAAAUUGGACGGCACGGCGAAAGGAUUGCAGGCGGCUCACGAAGCCGACAAGCCAUGGAUGGCCUGUGCUAUAUUUUGUCGGCGGAAGGACAUUGCCGCUUAUUACGCGCCACGCGUCGAAUUAAACGACAUCGGACUCGACCCGUACUUUCCGGAUGGAACGUGGUGUCACGCUGAAGAGGGCCAAGAUUACUUCUGCCGUCAGCAUCACUGUCUGCCGGAAAACUUUCGAUUCGAUAAAAAAUUGCCGGAGAUUUAUCGGCACGAGGACGACAAUGAGGAAUUGGGGCCGCAAAAUGCACAAAAUCGACUUGGCUUCGCCGAUCGAUUAAGUGUCAUCAAGUACCUGACAUCAGGUCCAGACGGUGUACCUUUGCUGACUUCUGUAUCACGCGGCAUCGCUUCUCCGUUCGGCGAAGACGAAUGGAUCGAUAAGGAUUAUAUCGAAUUACCUGCAUUACUUUAUCCUAUUAUUGACAAUUAUUAAUACAGCAUUAACAUUAAAGGGGAAAGACGAUACAGAUGAACGUGGAAAAAGGAUCGAUAGCUAUUAGUCGAUCGA